AUGUUGAAAUGGCUAUUCGAUAUGGCUGCCGGCCGAUUGGCAACCGACAAAGAUGUCGACGACGACCGCUACGAAAUCUCCGGAAACGACGAAACCAUGAUGGUCGACCUGAUUCUCUACGAGGUCGAGUCCAUCGUCUUCGCAUUUGAAACGGAACGGGAGCUACGCAAGUCCCGUGAAUGCUUACGAAAUCGCGUCCCGGAUUAUUCGUGGUUGGUCACCGACAUUUCACGAAAGCCAAAGAAAUACUUGACUCCUGCACUGGAUUCUAGCAUUACUGGAUUUUACCAUAGAGUUGGAGAAAUCACUAUAAAUCUUGAUUCAGGAACGGAGUCGACUGCAAAGAGCUUGCGAGCGUAUCCGCCCAGAAGAGUGGUCGAAGCUCAUCAAUCUCUGGAAAACUCGUUCACAAGUAUGCCAAUAGGUUUUUUGUUCUCGUUGAAAAUUGAUGGAUUACAAUUUUUUGAGUCAGCGGCCGGAUAA